CAGAGACUCACGUUAUUGUUACUGUUCUGAAACGCUAAAUUACACUCAGGUUGGAUUUCUUAUUUAAUAUUCUACGUCUAGUGCAGUCUUUUGCAUUCGUAGUGCAAAUUUAACAUUACUACUGCAAAGCUUUGAGCAAGUUCAAAAGAUUACUGCCACCAUGGAUCGUGUAGUUGACGAUAACGUAUUACAUACUAACCACGACAUAAUUCAGCAGUCACACGUUGCAAGAAACAUUCAGGAAGGAAGACCAUUUUGUGAAUGGUGUGGAAGAUAUGUUACGAUACAGGAAAAUACUGAAAAGACCAUGCCUUCCAAAUACAAAGAGCCUUCAUUCUUUAUCGUACAAACCUUAGAAAGGGCUGUGACAACAAUCCAUUAUGUCUCUACAGCUUUGUGCCCUGUUACUGGUUAUCAACGGACCACAAGUUUUUGCUAUACCCACCAUGUACUACAUCAGAAGGCAAUUUGAAUCCUGCGUGUUGGGGGGGGGGGAACAUUUAAAAGAUUUCACCACCCAUUCAAUACUUGGCUGGAAUACGAUGUUCAUAAUAUUAUGAAUCCAGAGAACAAGCCUGUGAGUUUUACGACAGCAAAGCAUGUUGUCAAAGAGGCAGCUGCUGGUCGUCCUUUAGCCGAGGCUUUCAUUUCCGAUUGUGAAAGAACUUGGGGGAAAGGAAAACGUGUCUCACAAAAAAGGAAGAGGUACGGUGAUGACAGUGAAGACACCAGUCCGCCUACAGUUGUUACGGCAACCAGAACAAGUUCCGUCAUCAACAUUAUUCAAAGUAGCAAGAGUGGCGAACCAAAGGGCCACAGCAGCGCAAACAGUAUAGAAUUUCAAUAUUUGUCGGAUGAUGACGUGCCUCCAUCUUCACAAACAACGCUGGCCGAAAAACUUCAGUGGAAGGCAGUUCCUCGCGGCGACGAUAGACGGCCUGGUCUCUCAAUAUUUAUGAACCUCAUUUCAGUUCUAGGAGUCGUUGCGAACGCAAAGGCGCGACAAAAAAACGAAGAAAAUAUUGAGAUUGACUGUUUAUUGGAACAGAUAAAGACGUGCAGAAAGAAAAGUGGAGAAAAAUACCGCGAAGAAAGAAGCAUAACACCCGUUGAAGCUCAGGCAGCUAGGUGUUCGCGCAACCAGCCAACUUUUGAAGCGCCAGUACCUAGUACUAUUUACGAGGCCGAACUGCAGUCCAAAAUUGCUGCCUGGAAAAGAACAUAAGAGAUUUCAAAAAACCCAUCGAAUAAGUUACAAAUUUCUUGUCUAAAUGUCUUAAAUGAUGUUUUUUUUUCUGUGUCCUCGCCAUGCCGUGUUGGCCACAUUGCGCCUUUCUAGUCUUUGUGCCGUGUUGGUAUGUUGCCAGGACGAACUGGAUUUAUCAGUGACUU